AUGUCAGAUACUGUGGAGCCAGCGAUAUUGGAUUUUGAUGGAGAUGAUUAUAAUGAAUCUCAAGAUGAGGAUUUCGAUCCUACUAAAUUAGAAACCACUGUUCGCGGGAACGAUAGCAGUGACAGUGAUGACGAAAAGGAGGAUGAAGAAGAUAGAUCGUAUAAUGAUUAUAAGGGCUACUCAAAGGGUGAGAUGUAUUCUGGUGAUACUCAAGAUAAAUCUAAUAUUUUAAUAAGUACACGAAGUGCGAGGAAGGCUCAAGAAGAGUUAGCACGGUCAUCAAAAUACGAACGACUGGACAGUGAACCAAUAUCUAAUAAGAUAAAGGAGCUCUGGGAGGACCUCAAAGUGCUUAGUGGAAAGCAAUUGCAUUCUAAGCAGUCUAUAAUGGCUACAGAGGGAACCGCACGUGAUAAUGAUCUUCGUGAAGAGGAAAUAUUGAUUGAUAGAACCUACAUGUUUGCAGGAGAAAUGGUAAGAAACAAGAAAUGGGUCCUAAAGUCAAGUGCAGAGGGUAAGGAAUAUCUUAAGUCCCUCAAAGUGAAAGAGAAACAGCAAGAGGCAUCUAAGGUGAAAAGUACUCGCACGCCAGGUGCGACACGUGCUGAAGGAAUGAACAAUUUACGAAGACCAUUGAAACGGCCACCACUGUUAGAACAGAUCAUCUCAGGUGCCAUAAAACCAAAGUUGACCACGUUGGAGAAGUCAAAACUGGAUUGGGCAACCUAUGUUGAUAAAGAAGGUAUCAAUGAUGAGCUACAGUCGCACAACAAAGAUGGCUAUCUAGCAAAACAAGAUUUCUUGGCUAAGGUACAACUUACUAAGGACGAGCAGUAUAAAGAAAUGAGACGUAACGAAUUGAAGAAAAGAACUACAACAAUAGAAUAA